GAGCUCGCUGUCUGGCCAACGGCUUCCCCACCGCGGCAGCGGACCUCACAGCGCCAACCGGGCCUCCCGGAGGCGGCGGAUGGGGCGCCUCUAACAGGUGCCGCAGGAAAGCCACGCCGGAAGCUCACCUUGCCGCCUUCCCCCGGCGGACACUAAAAGCCGCGCGGAACCAAAGUCCCGAGAGAAGCGCGAGCUCGCGGACCGCGGAAGGCGGCGUCCACCGGAAGCGGCUCCGAGACUCGAACAUGGCGGCCGCCUGGUGUCUCCGCUGCGGCCUGAGCCGAGCCGGAGCCUGGCUGCUCCCGCGGCUCGCGCGCUGCCCCUACCGGCCUCUGCACAAACAGGUAGACGGCACCGAGUUCCAGAGCAUCUACAGCCUGGACAAGCUGUACCCCGAAUCGCGGGGCUCGGACACCGCCUGGAGGGUCCCGGAUGAUGCAAAGCAAGCCAACAAUGACAUUCCUCUGGAUCGCUUGACAAUAUCUUAUUGUCGGAGUAGUGGUCCUGGGGGCCAGAAUGUUAACAAAGUGAAUUCCAAGGCUGAAGUCAGGUUCCAUUUGGCAACCGCCGACUGGAUUGCAGAGCCUGUGCGACAGAAAAUGGCCAUCACGCAUAAAAAUAAGAUCAACAGGUCAGGAGAGUUGAUACUCACCUCUGAACGCAGCCGCUAUCAGUUCCGAAAUCUGGCAGAUUGCCUACAGAAAAUUCGAGACAUGAUUGCUGAGGCCAGCCAGACAGCCAAGGAGCCAUCCAAAGAAGAUGCUGUGCUACAGAGAAUCAGGAUAGAAAACAUGAAUCGGGAGAGGCUGAGAAAAAAGAGAAUAAAUUCUACUAUAAAGACAAGCAGGAGGGUAGAUAUGGACUGAAAUUAUCUUCCAGAGCCGGCAAAGACUCUCUUCAGGGCGUCCAGGCAGCUGCAGCUGAGGGAGCUUUAACACCGCUGGGAGACUUUGUUUUUGUGGUUGUUAAUGUCUGUCUCUAACGUUGGAGCCAUCACAAGAGUGUUCGUGUGGAAUGAGGGUCGCAGACACUGGUUGCAAAGGUCUUUAUAGGAAAUCAUGUGUUGUCAAACUUUAAUUAUCCAUUUGAUAUAUUAGCUACAAUAAAAUUCUAAA